GGACAGAAUCACGCGAGGAACAGGCGUGUAGAGCUGGUGGAGCGAACUCUGGCAUCUUCUGUAUCUAGAACUUCACAGCACAACGUUUCUACACUUCACAUUCUGAAAUGGAAGAGCUGAGGGUUCCUUCAAAGAAAGACCUGGUGUGCCCGAAGGCUGCCAAGUAUGCCGAAGACCAUACGUUACGGCUGCAUCCCGUACAAAAGAAACUCAUGGAGAUCACCAAGAGUCACGUGUACGGCUCCAUGUUGGGGGACAGCUGCCAGCUGCAGUUCUUCCAGAUCCUACUCAAAACAAUAUCGGCUAAAAAGUACCUCGAAAUAGGCACCUUCACCGGCUGCAGUGCCGUGGCCGCCGCGCUGGCUCUGCCUCCGGAUGGGAAGGUGGUGGCGCUGGACCUGCACGAGGACCUGGUCAACGUUGGCAGGCCACACUGGAAGGAAGCCGGUGUGGAGGACAAGGUGGAACUGAGGUUUGGACCGGCAGUUGAAUCCUUAGACGCCCUGCUGGGCGAAGGCCAGGCGGGCACGUUCGACUUCGUGUUCAUCGACGCGGACAAAGAAAACUACGACAACUACUACGAGAGGGCCCUGCAGCUGGUCAGGAAGAACGGCCUCAUCGCCAUCGACAACGUGCUGUGGCGCGGCCUGGUGUACGACGCCAACGACAAUUCAUCGGAAGUGACGUCACUACGGGCGUUCAACAAGAAACUGCACGAGGACGAGCGGAUAGACGUGUGCCUGCUACCCAUCGCUGACGGGCUCACGUUUGCUCGAAAAAGAUGAUGCAACAUGGGCGAGAGUUGACAAAGACAUACAACGUCAACAAACACCCUAGCUUCCAAUAAAAUAUUUUAUCCGCCUUGCAAAUCGGCCCCAGAAAUAGACACGUCAAUCACCAUACGAAUCCUCGUUGGGUGCCGAAUUCAAUUAUUUUUUCUUUUUGAAGCGACGCUUUCUUUGCAAGCCCUGGCGGACUUUCGUGAUCGUGGUUGGGUGUUGCUGUCUUCCCGAACGAGUGCUGCCAAACUCUAAAGUCA